AGCUGUCAGCGAACAAAACUGAAGAAGCAGGAGAGCAGGGUCACGGCUUUGAAAAGCAGUUGGAGGAGCGGAUCCUAGAGAGAUCGCGUGAAACUUUGCUAAAAUGGGAGAAAAAUAAUAUCAAGUAUACUAUUGAUGAUUUUGGAGGUGUGAGACUUAUAGGUGAACAUAUCUUGUAUACAUUAAUUGAUAUGACUUAG